AUGGCAGCACCGCCAGCACAGAGCCUCACCGAGGACGACAUCUACCGAACCUCUACACAAUUCCGUCUCUGGUCCUUUAGCGAGUCCGCUCUCCUCUCACUCCGCCAAAACACUCAUGAAGCUGCUUUCCAACAAGCUCGAUCCUACCUCUCCGAAUCUUCUCUCGAAUCCCUUCCUUCAGCACAAGAUGAGCUCCGCCUAGUGCAGCGCUACUGCGAACAAGUACGCGCCACAUCCGACUUCUUCAACUGGAAUGUCAACGUCAAGGCUACUGCCGUACAAUAUCUCAAGCGAUUCUACACCACAAAUUCCGUCAUCACAUACCCGCCAAAGGAAAUCUACAAGAGUGUUUUGUUCUUGGCGAGUAAGACGGAAGGUGUACACAUGUCGCUAUCAGAAUACGCAAGACGUAUAAAGACAGAUCCCAAAGACGUUUUGGCUCCAGAGUACAAGAUCAUCCAAGCCCUCCGCUUCACCCUCGAUGUACGACAACCUUUUCGCGCGCUAAAAGGUUGUCUUAUGGAUCUCUUGAACAUGGCAGCUGGAAAUGGUGCUCCUUUGCCUUUUCUAAACCUAACACCUCAAGACCUGCAAAAUCAGAUCUGUGCUCUACCACCACCUCCUUCAGGCUCGAAGACACAAUGGCAGCCUUCACAGCAAAUAGGUCCCAAAGAAGCUGAAAAUAGAGCCCAUUGUGCAUACACCGUAGCGCGUAUAACCCUCGACGCCCCAGCUCUCCUCACAGACGUCUAUUUCCUCUUCACACCCCCUCAAAUCUACCUCGCCGCUCUGAAACUCAGUGAUCCUAUCCUCUUUACUUUUUACCUCAGUACGAAGAUCCCAGCCACGGCAGCUGCUCACGAUAUCAUUGUCUCUACAAUCGCAAGAUGUGCAGACAUGUUGGCGAGCUUCGACCAGAGAAAAGACAUUAUGAGUAAAGAGGAUAGAAAUGCAUUGGAGCAGAGAUUGGAAGAGGUGAGGGAUCCAGGGACGAGGGAUUUGGUGGGGAGGAAUGAGGAGACCAAGAGAGGUGGUAUGGCGUUGGGGGAAGUGGAUGGAGAAAAGGCGGAGAGGAAGAAGUUGGCGAGGGAAAAGAGUUUUAGAGAGGGUGAGGAUCUUUUUGGUCCUGCCUUGACCGUGCAGUCCAAGGAGUAG